AUGGAAUUUACGCAAAUUUUUAUCUGUAAUCUAUUUGUUCUAGAAUUUGGCAAUUCUCCAAGAAAUGCAUUAGAAAAGUUGCGACUUGAUUUAUCUAAUUGGAUUAAAAAUAAUGGUGGUGGAUGGAAAGGAAGGGAUGCUGCACAGAGUAUUGGAAAAAAAUUUGUAACUGAUUUAACAAGUGCUUUAUGGUACAUUGAUAGUAGAUCUGUAGAAACUUUAAAUCAAAAAUUUAAAAUUCCUGUAAUCUUUGAUGAAUUUUUUGGAAGAUCACAACCAGAAAGUUAUAAAAGUGCAAGGCCAAAGUUUAAUUCUGAUGAAUUAAUUCAGCAAAACAAGAAAAUACUUAAUUAUGUUAAAUUAAGUUGGAUGUUGCAAAAUAGGUUUAAUUGGCUAAAAGAAUCAUUAUAUAAAUUUGGUGAAAUUCUAGCUAAAUACUCAGAAUAUUUAGAUCAUCAGCAAAUUCGAAGUAAAGAAAUCAAAAAUUCAUUAACUCCCAUAGUUAAUGAAAUAGAAGUAGGAUCAAUUGAAAUUUUUUCAGCAAAUAUUUGGCGUAAUUAA